AUGAUUUUUCUUCUGUCAUCUCUAACUCUCUUCUCUCUCCUUUUCUGCCCGGUCCUCUCGGUUGCCACGUGUCAUGGAAAGGAAUACCUGGAUCCCAGUGGCAGAUAGUAAGUCUACAAUAUCAGGAUAACGUUCCGUGAUCUUCUACAGUUGCUUCAUUCUUCAUCCGGGCGAAAAAUCGUUCCACGACGCCGAAAAGGCUUGCUACGACUACGGAGGCUAUCAUUUGGCCGCCGUGACCAACAUGAUCGACAAUAACUUUUUGUAUGGUAUGGCAUAAAAGUGGAAGACGGUAAUCGACAAUAUUCCUCCAGGUGUAACCCGAAACUCAAGCCUAUACAUCAACUUCCUCUGGCUCGGACUCACCGAUAUGACAGCCGAUGGCGGUUGGGAUUGGAUCGAUGGCACCGAUUUGGUGUUCAUGAACUGGUCCCCCGGUAAGUACAGUAACCCAUUGGGCCUUUAUGCUUCCCAUUUUUCAGUCUCUUCACCUGGUCACUGCGGUACGAUGCGUACAACGGAUGGUCGGUGGCAAGCACACGACUGCUCGACGGCCUAUCCGUUUUUCUGUUAUGGAAAGGCUCAGGGAGCACCCACGGAUCCACCGGCUCGUUAGUUGGAUUGCACUGAAAACCUGUUGUAACUCAACGCAUUAUUAUAGCCCCUAGAACGACAGCGAUUCCGACGCGAAAAGAGCAAGUUCUCAUCAAAUUCAUGGCCGACUCCGAGAGCAUCGGAGACCCGAACAUUGAUCAGAACGCCCUCAAGUUUUAUAAUAACGUAAUUCAGUCCCUUUGAUGCUUUUUUCCAACAUUCGCACCGUUUCAGGAGCGAGAAUUCAUCCGCGCCGUCACCGAUUUCCUCUUCGCGAACCCGGCAAACGACAACAAUAUCUGCAAGUUCUACAUGAGCGUAUCUUUCUACGGCUACAGUAAUCUUUCACUACUCCUGCGAGCGCCUGACAAAACCAAUUGUGUUCAGCGCAAUACGAACAACAAUUCGAGUACAGUCCGGCGUGGAGCCAAAGGGAAUUCGAUGAUUUGCUCGAGGCAAACAAGUGGGACGAUGGCAAGACGGACCAUGCUUAUAACAUUACCGAGUGAGCUGAAAAUUGAUAGUUAUCAUCUGAAAAUAUCUGAAAAUGUUCAGCGCAAUCAGUGGAGCUCAACGCUUCCGCUGGACGCCCGCAAUGGAAGACAUGGGCUACACUACCCUGGUAUUUCUGACCGCCCGACACGAUUUCUCGAAUGUUCCCUCACUUUUUGUACCUUGGCCAAAGUUUGACGAAGUCGUUGUCAUUUCUUUGAAUGGUAAGCAUUGAAUUGCCAAUACCGUUUAUUAAAAGCCACGCAUCUCAGUUGUCUGCAGAGAUAUCAAAAAGUGGUCAACAGACAAAAUACUCAUCAAAAGUUUGUGUACAUUUCAUCAGUUGACAACAUUUUGAUAUCUCUACAGACAAGCGAGAUACAUGGCUUUGAAUGACCGGUUUUGAGGUGCCCUUCUAAUAUCUCUUUCAGGCUCAAAAAUGAGCAUCCCGACGGGAGUGACCAACAUCCAAGUGUCGAACGAUUUUAGUGACACCGACUAUAACAACGUUAUAAAUGCGCUGAAAUGUCAUUGA